AUGCUUUUUUAUCAGAUUCCUUUGCUUUUGGUGACAGGGGGUGCUUUUGCUUCUGCCGCGACCUCUUCAUCCUCCGCUUCAAGCAGCUCUUCCACAAAAUGCCCCCUCGCCAAGGAAGAUACUAAAGUUCUCGAGUACACCUACGCACUCUCAAACUUCGUCAACAGCUUCUACGCAUCAGUUCCAUUGAAUCAGAGCGUCGCCGCCGCUGCCUCCAACAGCACCAGCUCCUCAAAGGCAUUAGCCAACAUCGAGGGAAUUGCGAGCUCAAACAACCUAACCAUCAAGGCCAUCCGAGAGCUCAGCUCCCAGGCUCCUGGCUUCAAUGCUCCUAACUGCAGCUAUACGUACCCGAAUGUCACAGGUAUUUCAUCCUUCAUUGGGUAUGCGUACGAGUUUGAAUCCACACUCUCUGGCGCCUUCAUCGGCGCAGCUGGGUACACCAAGUCACCUCAAGUCGCUUUUCUUCUUGCUCGUCUUGCUGCUGAGCACAGCGCUCAUGCUACCUGGAUUGGCAGCCGUGUGAACUCGACCAUCUUCCCGGCAAAUGCCACUUCCUUGGUCGCCGCCUAUAACCCCGACCAAGUUCUCAAUGCUACUACCAAUGCUACUGGAAGCUUGGGUCAGUACUUGGGCGACUGUGUUUCGGCACCAAGGAACCCUUGUGGUGUCCUGAAGAUUGGUCCUCUGGAGGCUAAUAUCACAUCUAGCACUGUUGCUGGUUCUUCUUCCACUCGUUUCGGCUCCUCUUCUACCGCGUUGAGCAGCUCACGUCGGCUUUAG